AUUCACGCACAGUUUUGGUGUUGGAUGACAGCUUGAACGAGCCAUUCUCGGAGCUGUCGGUGAAAGUUUCAUUUGCCUGUAAAAAAAUUGUUCAGAUGAAGUGGGGAGGAUGAGGGAGGAGGGGGAUCCCUGUGUCGAAUGCGACAUCGCCCCAUUGAUUAUUUCAGCUUUUUCUGUCGGGUUAUUGUGAUCAGCUCGUCUCUGACCGUGCAUUGCUUUACAGUGUUGGACACAGCCCCUUUGCUUCCCUACAGUUUAGUUUUUCUCCCCCUCAAAUGAUCGCUUUUGUCGCAGCCAAACAAAAGCUAAAAAUAACGCCUGAGCGCAAACAUUAGCUGAGGUCGCUCAUCAGACCGGUGCUCCGAGAACGAAGCCAAUGCUCCCAGCAAAUUAAAAGCUAUUAGUUGUUAAGUGAUAUGUUGUCCGACAUAACAAUAACCAAUCGGUGACCUGCAUUGUCUGCUGCACGCCACCGAGCCCAUAGGAUCGGUAUGUCUGAUGAAGAUUCGCGUGCCAGCACAAGCUCUUCGUCUUCCUUCUCGUCGUCAACUGUAGAGAUAAGCACCCCCAAGAAACGAGAAAGCAAAGCCAGCAUGAGCAAGACUUCCAAACUCCUGUCGACCAGCGCGAAAAGGAUCCAGAAGGAGUUGGCGGACAUUACGUUGGACCCGCCGCCUAACUGCAGCGCUGGUCCAAAAGGGGACAACAUCUAUGAGUGGCGCUCCACCAUCCUGGGCCCCCCGGGCUCGGUGUACGAAGGGGGGGUCUUCUUCCUGGACAUCGCCUUCACGCCAGACUACCCCUUCAAACCCCCCAAGGUGACGUUCCGCACCAGGAUCUACCACUGCAACAUCAACAGCCAGGGGGUGAUCUGUCUGGACAUCCUGAAGGACAACUGGAGUCCCGCCCUCACCAUCUCCAAGGUCCUGCUGUCCAUCUGCUCUCUGCUCACAGACUGCAACCCCGCUGACCCGCUGGUGGGAAGCAUCGCGACACAGUACACCACAAACCGACCGGAGCACGACAGAAUAGCCAAACAGUGGACCAAGCGCUACGCAACAUAGUGCCCGAGA